CUGAAGAGAUCAAAAGAGGGUGAGAAAAAAGCAGACAAGAAAAGGCAUGAUGAAGAUGACUCUUCUGUGAGAAUUGUGAACAGCUCUUCGUUCCAGACCUCCGCAUGCAGCAGAGAUUCCAUGAAGCCAGACAGGUUCAAUAAAACUACAAACAGGAAGUCAACUCAAACUCCAAAACCAGAGUCUCUUCCUGUACUUGCAUUUGACGCUACCAUUCUGGAUUUCCACAAAUCACAGAGUUUGGGAAGCGGUGAGACACUGAAUGUACAGCAUGAAAGUGGACCAAUAUGUUCAUCGGAAAGUAACAUUAUGUGCCUUAGUCAACCACAGAUGUCUCUCUUGUUGAACACAGAGGAAGAUACUUCUGUGGAAAGCAAAGCUUCAUCAAAAACUUUAGAUGAAACAGUAGCCAGCUUAAUUCCCUCUUCAUUUGAUGGUAGAGAUGGCUCUGCUCAGCCACAUGUGUCUUGGGCCAUGGUGCUUGCACAGCCCCCAAAGAAAAUUGCAUCAUCACCAGCAUCUGAAGGUCUUCCCAGAGGCAAAGGGAAGCAGGAUAGUGAAGCAAAGCAGUCAGAAACAAAAAAUGACGCUAGUGAAACUGAGCCUGAAGAAGGGUUAGAAAAGAAGAAAAAAAGGAAGAAAAAGAAGAAAAAAACAAGGUCACCCAGUGACAUAGAGAAACCUCAAAAUGAAUGUACUAAAAUACAGGAACCGCCAAGGAUUGAGGAUGCUGAGGAGUUUCCUGAUCUGGGAGCUGCUUCUGAUAGAAACAGCAGACUAGGAUCUCAGAAAUCAUCUGCUGUCAGAAAGCAGUCUGAAAUCCAUCUCCCUGAAGAGCCUUGGAAUAGUCAGUCUCCCACACUGGAUGGCAGUCCCAAGGUGGAUGGACUGUCAAGGAAGCAAGCUUCAUCUUCUAUAGUAGAAAAAAAGAAAAUGCAGGAAACAUCCAGGAGCAGUGGUAAGAAGAGUCAAACUCCUGUGCAACUGGAUUUGGGUGGCAUGCUGGCAGUCUUGGAGCAGAAGCAGCAGGCACAGAAGUCAAAACAGUCUUCUAAACCUGUGGUGUUUUCAGUUGGUGGUGCUAUACCAUUGCUUUCUAAAGAACCUGCUACAACCACAAAAAGUCACCGGUUAAACCAAGGAAAGAUGCCUCAUAACCCUUUGGAUUCCAGCGCUCCUUUGGUAAAGAAAGGGAAACAGAGAGAAGUCCCUAAAGCAAAGAGACCAACACCUCUUAAAAAGAUCAUUCUGAAAGAGAGAGAACAACGAAAGCAGCAACACCUAUUAGAACAGACAGCAGUACCAAAAAAGGAAGAUAAUAUUUGUCAGUCUGCAGAAAAUAUUACUGAAGGUGAAGCUCUUCUACAGGAUAGUCAAGCAGCUGUUCCUGUAACACAAGGUGCUGAAGGGUGUCUGGAGAGUACAGGGAUCAAGGAAGCUACAGAAGGUUCUAUGACUUCAAAGCAGCUAACCCCCAAUCUUCCAAAAAUCCAUAGUAGGAAUUUUAGAGAUUACUGCAGCCAGGUACUUAGUAAAGAAGUUAAUAGCUGUGUGACUGAUCUCUUAAAAGAACUGGUUCGUUUCCAAGAUCGGUUGUAUCAGAAAGACCCAGUAAAGGCCAAGAUAAAACGCAGGCUUGUUAUGGGUCUUCGAGAAGUUUUGAAACAUCUGAAGCUGAAAAAACUGAAGUGUGUCAUCAUCUCUCCUGACUGUGAAAAGAUUCAGUCAAAGGGUGGGUUGGAUGAGACUCUCCAUAAUAUUAUUGACUGCGCCUGUGAACAGAAUAUCCCGUUUGUUUUUGCCCUUAAUCGCAAGACCCUAGGCCGCUGUGUGAACAAAGCAGUGCCUGUGAGUGUGGUGGGAAUUUUUAGCUAUGAUGGGGCUCAGGACCAUUUUCAUAGAAUGGUACAACUGACAACAGAGGCCAGGAAGGCCUACAAAGAUAUGAUAGCAGCUUUAGAGAAGGAAGCUGAAGGAGGACUGAAAGAAACCCAACCCAGCGUCUUAACCACUGAAUAUGAAAACAAUGGCUUAUCAGAAACUGGUAAAACAUCUUCCAGGGACUCUGAGGAUGUACCAAAUUAUAUUAAAAUCUGGAAGAGAAAACUUGAAGAAGAGUAUAACCAGUAUGCACUGGAACUGGAAAAGAGUGCCACUGCUGACGUGGUGAUAGUGAAUUCAGAAGAGCAUCAGUAA